UUUUUUUUAUUUAUUUAUUUUUUUUUUUUAAAAAAAAAAAAAUAAAUUAAAAGAUCCAUGCAAUGCAGGGUCAGUGUGACUUGAGAUACCUCUAAGCGCCCAAGUCAAGGAAACCAUGAUCGGAGGGGACUUCCGAAAGGUCAAGAAAGAGUUGGUAUUGAACCUCACUGCCUCCGCCAAUAAAAACAAAGAUCGAUGGUAGGAAGAUGAGGGGUUCAUGGGAGAUCCAACGAAUGGAAAAGAAAUAAGGUGCUGCAGCAUCCGUCACAAUCACAAUCACCGCUUGCCAAUCACUCGUCACGCUUCAUCACACGAACCGACUUGUCACUGGGCAACGAUCGCCCUUCUCUCCAACACUGCUUAGCGCCCGGCUGCACACUGCAUGCUUGAUCGGUCUUGACUAGUUUGGGGAUGCUUCGAUGUGUACCAUCAUGGUGCCACGGAUGCGACUCUGUGCCUUAUCAAUCCCACCAAGGUACAGAACAAAGCCUCCUUCUCGGCGUGCAGAUAUUGUAAUUCAAACCCUCAACUCCUCCUUUCCCCUUUUUUCUAUCUUCGUCUUCUGGUCAUCGAGGCGGCUUCCCCUCUCUUCAUAUACUGUGCUGUCCCGCUGUUGACCCGAGCUUUAAAUGCCAGAACGGCGGGUGGGCUUAUCCUCUUGGCUGUCGUAGUGCUGGCAGUUUCUGGAGAUCGAUUCCGAUACACCAAGAUGCUCGGCCCUCUACAUCCGAGAUCUACGUCUAUUUGGGCGGCUCUGUUUCUGCUGAGUCCAUUAGUGGUGGCGUUACGGACCGCACCAGGAUCGCCAUGUGCAGGCGUUUGCAAUAGACAGUCGACCAAUACUACGGGGUCUGAGAUUGCUUGUCUCGAUACCGAUUUCUCCAUGACCAGCAAAGGGUCGCAUUUCCAGCAGUGUGUCGACUGUCAAUUGCGCAGCACUUAUAAUGAUGACUCUUCUGGGGAAACGGACGUGGACUGGGGACUCUACAAUCUUCGUUAUGCGUUCACCUCGUGUGUCUAUGGCUAUCCAGCGCAGGUGAACAAUAUUUCCACGCAGUGCACGGUAAAUUGUCAACCGCUGGAUACAGCGCUCGAGUUUGACCUGAAAGACCCGAAUGCCAACAAUUUCUACACCUGGUGUGGUACUAAUGCGUUCGCCGACAAUCUCAUCACCAAGUGCGAGCAUUGCUACAAUUUCACGAUCUCACAAACCCAAGAUCCGACCAAUGGCCAAUCCCAGGUCUUUAUGGCAAACUUCCUUGAAGCCCUCCGCUAUAACUGCCACUUCCGGACACCCACUGGUCUUGCAUUCCCCAUCACUCCAACGAGGAUUUUCAGCGAGUCACUUUUACCAUCCUCCACGGUAGAUCUCAUCAACCCACCCUCCACUGGCUCCGGGGUCAACUUGGCGCUGGUAAUAGCCCUCCCAAUCCUAGGGUUUGUGAUUCUGCUCUGUGCACUUGCCAUAUGCUGCUUCUUCUUUAUUCGGUGGCGCCGUAGAAAGGCCCGCAGGCAGCGCCAAUCUAGCCACCUCCACGCUCGGUGGAACGACACUGGCAUCAGUACACCCGGACACACAAACUGGGCUAAUUACCAUGAAAUGUACAGUCCAGCUAUGUACCAGCAAGCUUUUGCGCAGCAGCAGCAAGGCUUCAACUUCGUCGACAACGACGGACGAUACCAUGAUGUUGGAUACUCAAAGAAGCUGUCCGAGGUAACCGAGUCCGCAGUCGCAACCCCCCUAAACCUGACCCCGGAGGGAGAAAAACAGAAGGCGCGGGAGUAUUUUGGUGGUGACUCUAAGCAGAAGCAGUAACGUCGGCCACGGUGAUAGACUACUUCUCAUAAAGUGUCCCCUGGUUGAUGUGUUGAAUGAAGUAUGGUUCCAUGCAUGUCAGUAGUCCCACGCCAAGUGCACUACCGACACUGUCUGCGUUGGCGUUUUGAAUGUCGUUAAUGCUGUUUUCAUGACCCGAUGAUGUGUCGCGAUAUACCCUUCCAUUCCUUGAUCGUUUCGCAUCCUCUAGAAGUCCAAGUCGACUUCCACCUCAUGUCAUUAAUCAUAGUCCUUCGAAAUAUAUAUCAAUUUUUGCAUACAAACCACACACAAGUAAUCGGAGAAAACAGAGCGUCGCUCUGAGAGCAAAUAACCGCUAUAUAUACCAUUGCACCCCCCCAAACACAGACCAGUCGAGAGCAACUUUCCCUCCCACAAAGGAUGUGAAGGGAUCUAAAAAUAAACACGGCAAGGCACGACUAGAUUGGACCGACAAGCGUCUAAGAGUUUCACAUCACACAGCCAAGCUCCAAUCACCCCCGUGCAAAGAUGAAGAUGAUAAUAAUAGAAGUCUGCAGGAUUUUAGGCAGACACAAUGGAAAAGAUUAACUGAUUAAGGCCGUUGUUGUU